CGCACGCAGACUCCGCCCCUUACGUCACUUCCGUAAACAAAGGGCACUGCGGAGGCGAGGGUACGGGAUGUGACUCCGGCUGUAGAUGUGGUUUCAGCGGUGGCUUCAAAGGCUACCGCAUCUUUGCAGAUUGAGGGAAGGGACCCGGAUCCCCUUCUUCUUCGGGUCUUGAGAAGCUGGCCUUGGUGCAGUAAGGAACUUAAAACCAUGGAAGAGCGGAAAGUGAAGAGGAGGAGCCCUAAGUCUUUUAGUGCCCACUCUACUCAGGUUGUUAAUGCCAAAAAAAAUGCCAUUCCGGUUAGUAAAAGCACGGGGUUUUCCAAUCCUGCAACACAGUCAACGUCACAGCGACCAAAGUUAAAAAGAGUGACGAAAGAGAAGGCCAAACCCCAGGGUGGAGAAGGGAAAGGUGCUCAGCCAGCCCCGAUUCAGCACUCCUUCCUCACAGACGUCUCAGACGUGCAGGAGAUGGAGAGAGGCCUUCUGAGCCUUUUGAAUGACUUCCACUCAGGGAAGCUCCAAGCAUUCGGAAAUGAAUGUUCUAUUGAACAGAUGGAACAUGUUCGCGGAAUGCAGGAGAAAUUAGCUCGCUUGAAUUUGGAGCUCUAUGGGGAGCUAGAGGAACUUCCUGAGGAUAAGAGAAAAACAGCCAGUGAUGCCAAUCUGGACAGGCUUCUGUCUGAUAAAUUUAAAAGUACUCAUUAUGGAAUGAAGAUCUUCUUAACUGAUGAAUUCAGUCAGAAACUCCACUUGGCAGAUGCACAAGAUGUUCCGAAUGCUUCUACCAGCUAAAAUGAAGUGCAGUUUGCUUUCUUGUGAUUCGAAGAGAAGCAGCGGUCUUUACUUUUGCAGCUGAACCCAGUAGCAGAAUCAUCUUCCGCAACAACGAAUUAAAGUAACUAAUGUGCACGUGCACUGAUUGUUCUCACAUCCUGCUUUUAGUAAACUCGACUCGCUGUCAUUCACCUUAACUGGAGGCCCAGGCCUUGUUCGAGGCCUGAUCAGGAAGUGUGAUGCCAAGGUUGUGCUGCUGUGCUUUCCAUUGUUGCCUUAUGGGUUAUACUUGAAGCGCCUCGUGCUAAGUGUUCUUGCUAGGGCUGAAGGAUCGAACCUUCCUGAGCUCGCCCCGCCUGCCCGUUGUUGAGCCUCAGUGGAUGGUGCCCAGGCUUCUUGCUGCAGCCCAUUUCAGUUUACGUCUGACAAUCGGUACACACGCUGGGGUGUUCUCCAAAGGCCAGUGACUACAAAAUGUUGAAUAAGUAUUUGUGAGAUUUGCUAUUUUUAAUAAAGUGAUCGUUUUAAAUUA